GAGCAGGCGCAACUGCAGAACCGCUCCAUCCAUCGCCAUGCCGCCGCGAAUACCAGUCCGCUUCCCCUGGGCGGCCCGCGAGGCGCCCUUCAUCAAUGCCAGCCUGGCCACCCGCGCCUUCGCGUCGACGGCGCCCACGCUCGCCCUCGGCCCCGAGUCCCCUAACUACAUCGAAGUCCCCAAGCCCGCCCAGCCGACGUUCGACAUCCCGCCGCCCGUCAAGGGCCACCUCCCCGUCCCCCGCGAUGUCUUCAAGACGCGGUCGCCGCUCUCCAAGGCCUCGGACGACUUCAUCGCGCAGACCACCCAAGACCCAAAGAAGGUCGCGCAGCCCGGACCCUGGAGCAAGGAUGCCGAGUACCGGCUGUACAAGCAGCGGCUGGCGGACGCGAGGAAGAGGGCGUUGCGAGAGGGUGUCAAGGAGCUGCACGAGAGGAAGGUCACCACCGACCAGGCCUACACCGCACAGAUCGAGCAGAGCAAUGCCGAGCGGCGGCGGCUCGCCACGGCGCCCCCGCGCCCCGUCGACGUCCUGACACAGACGUCCGUCUCCAAGGGCAUCCGCGACUUCCUCGGCGACAGAUUGCCCCGCACCCCGCGCAAGGUCUUCGUCGCCCAACGCAAGAACGCGUACCAGAAGCGUUUGGAGCGCCAGGAGCAAGUGCGCCGCUCGCGUCUGCACGACCUGUACACCAACGCGCGUGAGUUCAUCGUGAGCGAGGAGCAGCUGGACGAGGCGAUCGAGAAGGCGUUCGGCACCGAUGAGCAGCCCGUACGCUGGCACGUCGGCGGGCAGACGAGCCCGACCGGCACGGGCGCGAGUCCCUGGGAGGCUGGCGUGCCGGAGGGCGUCAUGGAGAGGCUGCAGAAGCUCAAGGGCGGCGAGGGAGUUGGGCUGGCCAAGGAACGCGUCAAGAAGGUGGCCGAGGCACUUACUGGCGGAAAGAUGUAAAAUGGUGUACGACAUGGCGGUGGCAGUGUGUACCAUACUAAAAACAUUGUAUGAUAUUGGAACUCUUGUAGAUACAUGUACCUGUAAGCAUUUGGAAGCCCGGGGUGUACUCCGUGGAGCAGUUGACACCGCAUAUCGUUUUUCAUGGAUAUGGGAACCGCUCGUACCCUUCGUUGC